GCGGCCACUCGCUAGCCCGCGCCGUGAAACCCUUGCAGCCCGCUCCUGGGGAGCCCCCUUCUGCAGCCGCUCCGCUCCCCAGCGCUUCCAGUCUCCGCGCCAGGCUUACUCCUGGGCUUUGCAAGGAGCGGAUCCCACGCGGCUCGCUGGGAAGCUGCGACUCCUCGCGUAACCCGCCUCCCUUUGGAAGCGCUGAGCUCUGCCCCUGCUUUCCUCUGAACUUCGGGAAGUCUUCAGUGCAAAUCGGUGGGAAUUCUUAGCAGGCAUCCCCAACGAAAUGCCAGGAAGUCUGGUUGAAUUUUGAAUCAUGUUCGCAAAUAAAUCAUCCAGAAUCCCUGAGGAUGACAUCAGGCUGAGAAAAGACAGAGACCGAAAUUGUGCCAAUUUCCCAGAGCCUGUUAGUGUACUUGCUGCAAAGGAAGAGAAAAUGGAAAUUGAAGUCCCAGUCUCGGAACAUAAAAACAUCACUGUGAUGGCUGCCGCACAUUCCGUGGACAAUCAGGCCCACUUCUUUUCACCUAUUCCCAGUCACAAUGGACUUAAGGACAGGCAUGAGUCCCUGGAUAGUGAAGUUGCUAAAGAGAUCAGAUAUCUAGAUGAGGUGCUGGAGGCCAACUGCUGUGAUUCUGCAGCAGAUAACCCCUUCAAUGGGACAUGCUCCCCUGAGCCAAGUGCAAUGGUUAUGGAUGGCUUUGUUACUAGUGAAUCAGCACCCAAUGAAAAGGACAUCAUAGCAGCCGGCAGGCAAGCACCCCAAAUUGUUGAACAGAGUGAAACCAACCUAAUGGCUGAGAAACUGAAACCUAAUGGCCAUUCUUCAGAUGAACAGAAAGAGGAGCUUUGUGGCAGUCUAAAAACACCGGCGAGUCCAUGUUCUUCAACCAGUUCCAGAAGAUCUUCCAAGGACGGAGAACUAACUUUAACUACUAUUAAGAAAGAGGCUAAAUUUGAACUUAGAGCCUUCCAGGAAGAAAAGAAGCCAUCCAAGCUCUUUGACGAUGAUAACGAGAAGGAGAAUUACAGAGUCCGGAAAGUGAGGCCCUCGGAGGAAAUAAUAGAACUUGAAAAGGAGAGAAGGGAGCUUAUUAAAAGCCAAGCGGUAAAGAAGAAUCCUGGCAUCGCAGCCAAAUGGUGGAACCCGCCCCAAGAAAAGACACUGGAGGAGCAAUUAGAUGAAGAACACCUGGAGUCCCACAAGAAGUACAAGGAACGGAAAGAGAAACAACAGCAACAAAGCACGACACCAACGUCGCCAAAACAAGUGGCCUAUUCCUUUGUACCUCCAGAGCCAGCCUCUGUUAAAAAAGAAGAUAUUGUCACAGAACAGAUAGAUUUUUCAGCAGCCAGGAAACAGUUUCAGUUGAUGGAAAAUUCCGGUCUGUCUAGUAGCCAGACUGCACCAAGGAGAUCAGGGACACCCAGAAUGUUCUCUAUCAAACCCUUCUACAAACCCAUUGGUCCAUCGCAAUUAGACAGGCCAACAGUUCCCAUGACGAGGCCGGCUGCUGUAUGUGGGCAAACAGGACCACUUGAGAAUAAUGAUAUAACCAUUAUAAAAGCUCAGAAGGUCUCCUGUGUCUCAGAAGAUCAUCCUAUAACUAUUCAGAGUAGUCCAGAUGACCCAGUAAGAGAAUUGGCUGACAAUGAUGUCCCAAAGCCUGGUCAGACCACAAAGCUGUGGGCAGAUGACAGUGAAUUCAUGAGUGCGAGAGCCGUCUUUAUGGUGGUAAAGGACGAUGACCCGGGCAUUUUGGAUCAGUUUUCAAGGUCAGUCAAUGUGUCUUCUCCUCCAGAGGAGCUGGAUUCUGGUUUGGAUGAAUUGUCAGUGAGAUCUCAGGAUACCACAGUCUUGGAAACGCUUUCCAAUGAUUUCAGCAUGGAUAAUAUCAGUGACAGUGGCGCCUCUAAUGAGACGAUGAACGCCCUCCAAGAAAAUUCACUUGCAGAUUUCUCUCUCCCCCAGACUCCUCAAAUGGACACCCCCUCAGAGUGUCAGGGAGGUGUUUCCAAGUCAUUUAGUGACCAUGGCUUUGAUUCCCCUUCCUCCACAUUGCUAGACUCCAUGUUGGUUGAUGACCACCUGGACUACCAUGCUGGCCUACUAGUGCAAAAUGCAAUUCAACAAGCCAUAGCUGAGCAAGCUGACCUAGCAGGCUCUAAAGAAGUGACAGACAAAGAUGAGGAGAAGAACCCUGUCAAGGACCAAGAAGAAGUCAACAUGGCACCGUGUUCUGAGAAGCAGCAGAGCACGAUGUUUGAGCCACCCCAGGUGUCUUCUCCUGUUCAAGAAAAAAAAGAUACAAUACCAAAGACUUCACCAGAUGAAGACUCAGGACUCAGGGAAGGGAAGAUUUCCCAACAAUCUUCUGUAUCCCAUACCAGCCAGCCAUUUGUUGUGGAGCAAAUCAGGCCGGAGGUCAGCUAUUUUAGCAAGUACUCGGAGGCAGCUGAGCUUAGAAGCACUGCUUCCAUCCUGGCUACACAAGAAUCAGAGGUGACCGUGGGUCCUUUUAAGCUCAGGUCAAGAAAACAGCGGACUUUGUCCAUGAUAGAAGAAGAAAUCCGAGCAGCCCAGCAGCGAGAGGAGGAACUGAAGAGACAGAGGCAAGGUCUACAGAUGGCACGGAGUCCCAUCACAAAGAGUGCACCUCCGCUGCCCACCAGAACAGUGGCUUACAAAACUGCUCCAGGGAAGAUAGAGAAGAUCAGGCCUCCUCCCUCCCCAACCACAGAAAGUCCCCUCUCCCAGUCUGACCUACUGUCUGAGGAGGCUGCAGGAUCCCAGAGGCCCAAGAAUUUGAUGCAGACUCUUAUGGAAGAUUAUGAAACACACAAAACAAAGAGGCGUGAGAAGAUGGAUGACAGCAGUUAUACCUGUAAAUUACUGUCUAACAAGGUUACUUCAGAGGUCCUUGAGGCUACCAGGGUGAACCGCAGGAAGAGCGCCCUGGCGCUGCGCUGGGAAGCUGGAAUUUAUGCCAACCGAGAAGAGAGUGAAUAAUCCCCUUGCAAUAAAACGGGUGUUUUGGGACCGAGAAACCAAAAAUUAAAUAAAGCAGCAUCAUUUAAUCUGAUAUUUAUUAAAGAUACAACAAACUCUCAGAUUCACAGAGA